UGUAUUUGGCUCAAACUUGUACAAAAUAUUAUACAUUUUGAUUUACACGAAAGCACAGUUUUCUUUCCAUUCAGCAGCGGCUUUUGGUUUCAGUUACGUUUGUGCAUCAAUACUUUAGCAUAAUUAGUUUUCGAGUUGAGUGCAAUGAGUGUGAGUCACUUCCAGCACUACCAGGACUAUGUGGACAGCUUCAUAACCAUCCAGGACACUCGCUACUUGGCCAACAAGGAGACGCAGAGGAACCUGAUCCAGAAUGCCUGCGGCAAGAAUUGCCUGGGCAAUCUGCUCACCCGCGAGCAAUUCCACAAUCGCAAGGAGAAAGAGUUGCUCCUGCUGAAGCCGAGGGGAUUGCGAGGACUUCAACUUUUCGGCGACUACUUGAACAACAACGAUGAGGUGCUGCAACAGUUUGCCAUUCGCGAGAAAAAGCUGCUCGAAAAGCAGAUUUCGACUGUCGUCUACCUAAUGAUGCGUUCGAAGAAGGGCCUGGAGAUCUCCAGCUUCCUGGACCUGGAGCAGAGUCUGCGGGAGUCGCGAUGCGAGAAUUCGCCGAGCUACGUGGACUGGCGGGGCAUUUUCGAGGGCAGGCUGAAGCUGAGGCCAUCGAAGUUGCAUCUCAGCUACUUUGACUGGCACCAGAAUCGCGUGUCCUUCAACAACAGCGACAACUUCCGGGUGAUGAACCAGCGGGUCCACAGUCUGCUGCUGCAACAUAUGGGCGACCACAAAAUAUUCUGCGUGAACGCCUCCUGCGACUGCGAGCACUCGAAAAAUGUCGGCAGCAAAACGUAUUUCUCGCCCAUUUAUGGUUAUGUCAUAUUCUUCGACCACAUAAUCAGGCGCAUUAAUUAGCGUUGGCUUUAAAGUGUCAAUAAACGUAAUCGUGGUUAAAUGAAAUGUGCAAAUAAAUCGAAAC